AUGGGUGGCACGGAAGCCUUCCGUGGAAGAUUUUUGCUUUUUAAAGACUAUUGCCUGAAUGAGAUUGAUGAAGCUGUCCCUCAACUGAAGUUUUAUGAAGAGAUAAAAGAAUAUGAGAAACUGGAUUCUGAGGAUGAGCGUCUGACCCGAAGUCGGCAGAUUUAUGACAUGUACAUAAUGAAGGAGCUCCUGUCCUGUUCACAUCCUUUCUCAAAACAAGCUGUAGAUCAUGUACAAACACAUUUAACCAAGAAACAAGUGCCAGCCAGCCUUUUUCAGCCAUAUAUAGAAGAAAUUUGUGAUAGUCUCCGAGGAAACAUAUUUCAAAAAUUUAUGGAAAGCGACAAGUUUACUAGAUUUUGUCAAUGGAAAAACGUAGAACUAAAUAUUCAUCUGACCAUGAAUGAUUUUAGUGUACAUAGAAUAAUAGGAAGAGGGGGAUUUGGUGAAGUGUAUGGUUGCAGAAAAGCAGACACUGGAAAAAUGUAUGCAAUGAAAUGUUUAGAUAAGAAGAGAAUCAAGAUGAAGCAAGGAGAAACGUUAGCCUUAAAUGAAAGAAUUAUGCUGUCUCUUGUCAGUACAGGAGACUGUCCUUUUAUAGUGUGUAUGACCUAUGCCUUCCACACCCCUGACAAACUCUGUUUCAUUCUGGACCUGAUGAAUGGAGGAGAUUUGCACUACCACCUCUCCCAGCACGGAGUGUUUUCUGAAAAAGAAAUGAGGUUUUAUGCUACUGAAAUCAUCCUGGGUUUAGAACACAUGCACAAUCGCUUUGUUGUAUACAGAGACCUAAAGCCUGCAAAUAUCCUGUUGGAUGAACAUGGGCAUGUGAGGAUAUCAGACCUUGGGCUGGCUUGUGAUUUCUCCAAAAAGAAGCCACAUGCUAGUGUAGGUACCCAUGGAUACAUGGCUCCAGAGGUGCUCCAGAAGGGAACAGCAUAUGAUAGCAGUGCAGACUGGUUCUCGUUAGGCUGCAUGCUUUUCAAACUUCUGAGAGGUCACAGUCCUUUCAGACAGCACAAAACCAAAGAUAAGCAUGAGAUCGACCGGAUGACGCUCACCGUGAAUGUGGAGCUACCAGAUUCAUUUUCUCCUGAACUGAAGUCCCUUUUGGAAGGGCUCCUGCAGCGAGAUGUUAGCAAGAGACUUGGAUGCCAAGGAAGAAGUGCACAAGAAGUAAAAGAACAUCCUUUCUUCAAAGGCAUUGAUUGGCAGCAAGUCUAUUUACAAAAGUAUCCUCCACCAUUGAUUCCUCCCCGGGGAGAAGUAAAUGCAGCAGAUGCUUUUGAUAUUGGGUCAUUUGAUGAAGAGGACACUAAAGGCAUUAAGUUGCUUGAUAGUGACCAGGAGUUAUAUAAGAACUUCCCUCUGGUAAUAUCGGAGCGUUGGCAGCAAGAAGUAGCAGAAACUGUUUAUGAUGCAGUAAAUGCAGACACAGAUAAAAUUGAGGCCAGAAAAAGGGCUAAAAAUAAGCAGCUUGGCCACGAGGAAGAUUACGCACUUGGGAAGGAUUGUAUUAUGCACGGAUACAUGCUGAAAUUGGGGAAUCCGUUCUUGACUCAGUGGCAGCGUCGUUACUUUUACCUCUUCCCAAACCGACUUGAAUGGCGAGGAGAAGGAGAGUCACGGCAAAACCUACUGACAAUGGAACAAAUAGUAUCUGUUGAAGAAACACAAAUUAAAGAUAAGAAAUGCAUCUUACUGAGAAUUAAAGGAGGAAAACAGUUUGUCCUGCAGUGUGAGAGUGACCCAGAAUUUGUUCAGUGGAAAAAAGAGCUGACAGAAGCUUUUACUGAGGCACAGAGGUUGCUGCGUCGGGCUCCAAAGUUUCUCAAUAAAUCUCGCUCAGCAGUUGUAGAGCUUUCAAAACCACCACUCAGCCACAGGAAUAGCAAUGGUCUGUAGGAGAAACAGAGAACAAAGUUCACUUAGGGAAAGCUACUUCGUGAACAUGUUGAGUUUCACAGAAUCCUUAUGAAUUACUUUGUGCAAUCCUGGACACAGGAUGUGCUUAGAAGAGGAAGAAUUAGAUGUUUACAGCGUGGGAUAACGUCAGAACUCUGUCUCUGGAGGUUGUGAAGACUGGAACAAUGGCAAGUGAAUUCAUGCUCCUAGCAGCAGUGGAAGUUACCAAGCGUAGAGGCUGCAUAUUGCU